CAAACAACCCUCCACACCCUGCAGUCCCUGGGAAGUUCCUCCGCAUUCCUGCCAUACACACACACACAUUAUGCACAUAGCCGGAGAGCUGGGAGGAACCUCACACUGAGGCUGGACAGGAGUUUGGAGGGGCCCUGCUGUAGGACCAGAGACCAGAACCUCUUCAUCAACGCUCCCUGCCAGUCUCACCAUGAGUAAGGAGGGAGGUGAUGAAGGUGGCGGCAGCAGCAGUGAAACAGCCCAGCAACCGGAGGAGAAGACUCCAGCUGGGAAGGGCCUGAGCAAACUGAGUGCUGUCACCACAGGACCAGGCUGGACUAAAGUUAGUUGCCCGUGCUGUUUCUCAGAGCGUGUCGAGCCGUUGGUUCUGGUGAAGCUCGGAGAGAAAGUUCGCCCUGAGACGAAACGGUGGCUCAUCAGAGUGAUUGGAGCUCCUCAAAAAGAUGGAGGUGCUGAAUUACUGGCCCACCCGGGCGAAGAUGCCAGUAGUGACAUCAUUGUGGUCGCUGCCCCACGCUGUACAUUACUUAAGGUCACUGAAGAGUUGGGUCUGUGUAAGACUUACCACACUGGGGAGGUGGAGGCCUUCUCCUACCACGACAGAGACAACUUUAAAGAUUCAGACAACAUGGAGGUGUUCCUCACCCUGGCGGAGCGGCAGCACAUGGUGAAGUAUGAGCUGGAUGGUCUGCGGGCGCAGAGAGACUUGAGAAUACCCGGCAUGCCUGACAGCUUCGCACUGCAAAACCGUGACAACAUCUGGCAGAAGCUCGGGUCAGCUGGUGUUAUUGUGGACACGUAUCCCCUCCACAACGCGGACAAACUGAAGAGUCUCAGUGAAGCCUGGUACACUGGGAAUCAGCUGGCUCAGCCACUGGAUUCAGUCAAUGAGUAUUUCGGAAGCUCUGUGGCUUUCUACUUCAGCUUCCUCGAUUUCUACACCUGGUCUCUGCUCCCUCCAGCGUUACUGGGCCUGACCAUCACAUACUUCUCAGGUGAGGUUCAGAAGGAGAUCGAGGAGUCAGUCUCAGGCUCGCCAGCCACAGAUCUUGAAGAUGACUCAGGACCAGCUGUCGGCGGUCACAUGAUCCAGGCGGUCUUUAGCAUGCUCUGGUCCACAGUUGUUAUGGAGCUGUGGAAGCGUCGGAGCUCCUCACUUUCCUACCGUUGGGGGACCCUGCACCUUGCCGAGCGCUUUGCAGAGCCCCGACCUGGUUUCCACGGUGACCUCGGGGUGAACCCUGUGACAGGUCGUGUGGAGCCGCUCUUUCCUGAAUGGAAGAGGGACCUGCGUAUGGCACUGGUGUCGGUCCCAGUGGUGGGGCUGUUUCUAGGUUUAGUCAUACUGGGUAUGAUUGGUUUCUACUGGGGGGAAGCCCAGGUGCAACAGCUAAACACAGACUGGGACUCCCUGCUGUCUCAGACUUUGAUCUACAUGCCCUCAGUGCUUCACAUCGUCUACACAAACGUGCUAGCGACUGUUUACAGGACAGUGGCACUGUCUCUGACUGAAUUUGAGAACCACAGAGAAGAGUCUUCCCAUGAGAAUCAUCUGACAGCCAAAGUCUUAGUGUUCACCUUCUUCAACUACUUUGCAGUGCUCUUCCACAUCGCCUUCUUCAAGCAGGAUGUGCCUUUGCUCCGUAAGCGCCUAGCAUCUUUACUGAUAGUGACCCAGCUGGUGAACCAGGUGACAGAGGUGGUCAUACCCUUCCUGGUGGACCGCUUCAUCAGCGCCCCCAAGAGGACAGAGAGUGAGGACGACCCAGAUGAGGACAAAUUUAGGAAUCAAGGCACCCUGCCUGCUUUCCCAGGCUUGUUUGCAGAGUACAUUGAGCUCCUGGUGCAGUUUGGGUAUUUGAGUCUUUUCUCCUGCGUGUAUCCCCUGACGGCCGUGCUGCUGCUCAUCAAUAACCUAACAGAGAUCCGAUCGGAUGCUUACAAGAUGUGCAAACUCUUCCGGAAACCCUUCUGCUCUCCUGUUUCUAACAUGGGCGUGUGGCGGAUUGCUUUCGAGGUCCUGAGUUUUGUCUCUGUCGUGUCCAACUGCUGGCUACUGCUGCUGUCACCAUGGAUACAAAGGCUGUCUCAGGAGGGCGAGUGGAGCAGCACAAACAUUCUGCUGAUGGCUGUUUUGGUGGAGCAUGUGCUGAUCUUGGUUAAGGUGAUUUUGUCGGUGCUGAUCCCCGAUGAACCGGACUGGAUCCGUAAAAAGAGAGAGCAUAUUGAGUUCACAUCCAGGCAGGCCUUGAGAGAGCAGAAACUGCAUUCUAAAGAGUCUUGAUUGCAUUUCAAAGCACUGAUGCUUCAUGUUGUCCUGUGCUGGGCUGCUACAACUAGAAGUACCAACCUCAGUGUUGUGUGGACCGGCAGAGGAGAAGACGAGUCUCCAAUCUCCAGAAGGGCCCACAAUGUAUACUGCUGUGCACGUACCAAUAUUCACCCCGUACACUUGUCUAGUGUUUCUGCUGCUCUCACUAAUUAACAAGGUGCCUCUGCAAUGCACACCCUUUGAUAUGCACUCAUACUACAUACAGUAUAUACUGCAAGUGCAAUUGAAACAGCAGCAGCUAAAAAGUGUUUUGCUUUUUUUUCCAAUAUUAGACAGCAGAUGGAAUGUAUUGGUUAUGUUUGCAGAGUAGAUGCUCUUUAAAAAAGAUAAUGUUAUGAUAAUGGAGGUUUUCACAGGCUUUGCUCAGAUUUAAUGAGGGAAAACCGAAGAGCUCUUGUAAAAUCACUAUGGCUACAGUAUGUACAGUCAGUAUUUACAAAAGUAAAGGACAGACAGGACAAAGUGUUUUAUAUUAUGGGCAGGUUCAUAAACAGACAGAAUACUUGACAAAAUCAUCCUUGUUUUGGCAGGAGUAGGACUCUUUCAGGAGGGUGUUUGCUAAGAUUUCUUUGUGAUAAGCUACAGGUAGUGCUCAGGAUUCAGCAGAGGACAAAACUUUAUUUAUCUCAAAGGGAACUGCUGUGGAAAGUUUCAGUACAAAAGAGGAAGAGUGCAAAUAUACAGAGUGCAAAUAUUAGUCUUUAAGACAAAAAGCAAAAAAUAUAUGUAAAUAAAAGUUAGUCUUCGAAGUGUCUUUAAUCAGAAUAGGGGUUGGCUCGUAGUAAUGAAACCACCAGUAAUUAUCACCCAACAGUGCAGUUCUCCCCAGCUCUGCAGAGUAUUUUAGCACCUUUUAGCUCAUUGUUUUGGUUUUCUGUUCCUGCAGCUUUGCAGUUUUGAUUCGACUUUCACCACUCAAAUAUCAGCCUGAAGUCAGCUGUUUUCAGUAAAAAGAAAUCUCUGAUAAACCCACUGUGUGCUACCAAACAGCAGACACACAAUUAGAGACUAGCAGUUUAACAUAAUGGAGCAUUUAGCAACUGAAGGGCCAGAUACUUCCCUAAGGAGUUGGUGGAGAUGAAAAGCAGAGCUAAAAAGAAAGUAAAUUAAGGACAUCAGGUGCACAGAAACACAGCUCCAAAUAAAUGAUAAUGUUACUCUGUGAGGGCUGGAUGUGUAAAUAAUCCAGUUUCUCUGGAAAUCAUGAUGCGGUUACUCAAGAUAAUCCACAGACCUUGAUGUGAGCAGUUUCAUGUAGGAGCUAUUUUCUUUUCUACGGAACUACACCAGUCAACUGUAUCACCGCACAGAAGGAAGCGUGCAACUACUGCUAGCUCACCUAGCACCACUGAGCUAGCUAACAUUACAGCUCAGCUGAUGAGGACGCCAUUAAUGUUUACAUCUCGCGCUGUCACGAGCACAAGGCUUUUGUCUAUACACACAUCCUUCUGCGUGGGGAUACAGUUGACAGGUGUAGUUUGGCAGAAGGAAAAUAGUUGCUACAUGAAACUGCUAACAAUUGUGGGUUAUCUUGAAUAACCAGGUCAUGAUUUCUGGAAAGAGACAUUGCUGUUGAGUUUUUCAAAUGUAUUUUUUGGCGCUUUGAACAUCACAAGCUGGGUGGCAUUUAGUACCAUUAUAUUGGAGAGAAGGCAGACAUCUCUACGGGUGAUAUCUCUAACACUCAGCAACUCACACCAAAACAAUCUAGACUGAUAAAUAGCACUAUGGGUAAUAGGAAAAGAUGUUCUGAUUUUGUGCUAAACUGUCCCUAUUAUGUUGUGUUUAGAAAAGAAAGACAAUUAUUGCAGCUUUGAAUUUAGAAAAUCAUUAAUUAUGUCUGUAACUCCAUCAAAUGGGCUAAAAAAGUUUGUGAUGUAAUCCUUUAACUAAUACUGCAGUCUGUAUUCUCAGUUAUAGUAUGGUGCCAGGUGAGUUUGGUACUCAGUCAGUAUUGACAGUGGAAAGAAUUCACAUCCUGAAGACACUGACAGUGGAGUAUUUUACAUAUUUAUUUAUAAAUGUUCUACAAUAAUGGGUUUAUUAUCUGUUAUUGUGCUAAAUUAACUUUAUUGUCUGAACUGGCAUUUACAGGUCCAGUGUGUAGGAUUUAGCGGCAUCUAGUGGUGAUGUUGCAAAUUGCAACCAACUGAGACUUCUCGUGUGCGCCAAGUUUGUAGAAGAACUACAGCAGCCAGCACAAAUGCUCAUAAAUGCGAAUGGCCCCAUCUAAAGUUAGUGUUUGGUUUGUUCAUUCUUGGCUACUGUAGGACAACAUGGCGGACUUCGUGGGGACCCACUCCGUAUGUAGAUAUAAAUGGCUCAUUGCAUGGUAACGAAAACAAAGCAAUUCUUAUAUUCAAGUGAUUAGAAACUAAUAACAACAAAGUUAUAAUUAUGCUACCAUUCCUGCCGAUAGAUGCCCCUAAAUCCUGCACACUGGACCUUUAAGAACUAUCAAGAAAUGAUGAGAAACACUUAGAGAUUUGCUUCUGGUUGAGUAGUUAGGAGAAUAUGUUUCAUUUGUACUCUCCCUUGAUGGUGCUGCCCUCUCCUUGAAUAAUCACAAUAUGGUUAUAGUAUGCAUGAUUAUAAUAUGAGAACAGUAAGCUAUGUGCUGAGAUUUGGUUUGCAGUGAAAGUGAUGGGGAGCUACCAAAGAACCGCUAUGUGCUUUGCUAUUAGAGAUGUAUAUUUUUUUCUGUGUGGAUUUCAGUCUUUCCUCACUCACCCAUCUGCUGUGUGCCUCGAAGAAUGAGUUCACUGUGCUGCAACAACUACUUCACCUUACAGUCGAACACUUCCAUAAUAUUGGUGUUAUUUCACUGUUCACUGCUGGCAGAUUUGACUUCAUAUAAUAUAUGUGUAGAUGAAUCCACUGGGGAGGUCCGCUAUUUCUUCAAUCCUUGCUCAACAAUGCUGUGGUGCUUACUACAUGUUAUUGAUUUUAGGAGUUAGUAUUCUGUGCAGCCACCAGGAGGCA